AUGGCAGAUCAGCCAGAAAUAUCCAAAACCUUCUCGCCCGACGACGGUGUCAUCGAGGGCUUCACCCAUCAUGCAGAACACAUCACAGCAGACCGGGAACCAUAUGGACCCGCGGGUCUGCGGGGACUGGCGAGCAAUCCGUUCGUGCUCAUGUGUGCUGCGUGCUCAACGCUGGGUGGUUUGAUUUUUGGUUAUGACCAAGGUGUUGUCUCUGUCAUCUUGGUGAUGGACCAAUUCCUGGAAGAGUUCCCGCGCAUUGCAGGUUCGGGUGCGGGGUUUUGGAAGGGUCUACUGACUGCCAUGAUUGAAUUGGGUGCACUGCUAGGCGCCUUGAAUCAGGGUUGGAUCGCCGAUAAGAUCUCGCGACGAUACUCCAUUCUGGUUGCCGUCGCCAUCUUUACCGUUGGAUCUGUCCUGCAGACUGCCGCGGUGGAGUAUUCGAUGUUGGUUGUGGCUCGUUUGAUAGGUGGUGUGGGCAUUGGCAUGUUGUCCAUGGUUGCACCAUUGUAUAUCUCCGAGAUUAGUCCCCCAGAAUGCCGUGGAACACUGCUCGUUCUUGAGGAAUGGUGUAUUGUGCUUGGAAUUGUUAUCGCUUACUGGAUCACAUAUGCCACCAGAUACAUGGCGGGAGAAUGGGCAUGGCGUCUCCCUUUCCUGUUGCAGAUGAUUCCCGGAUUCAUUCUCGUUGGUGGUGUGGCAAUCCUUCCAUUCUCUCCCCGAUGGCUGGCUUCCAAGGGCCGCAAUGAAGAAGCCCUGCAGAGUCUCUGCAAACUGCGCAACCUUCCCGACACAGAUCGCCGUAUUCGUCAAGAGUUCCUGGAUAUCCAAGCGGAGGUACAAUUCCACCAAGAAAUGAAUGCCGAGAAACACCCCAACUUGCAAAGCGGGAGCGCCAAGGACUCUUUCCUGCUGGAGCUUGCAUCUUGGGGCGAUUGCUUCAGAAAAGGUUGCUGGCGACGAACCCAUAUCGGUAUCAUGAUUAGCUUCUUCCAACAAUUCGUGGGUAUCAACGCACUGAUCUACUACUCUCCCACCCUGUUCGGCACCAUGGGACUAGACUCGAGCAUGCAACUCGUCAUGUCCGGUGUCCUCAACGUCCUACAGCUGGUCGGUGUAACAACCAGUAUCUUCACAAUGGACAGCAUCGGUCGCCGCAAGCUUUUAAUGGUCGGCUCAGCCCUCAUGGCCAUUGCAAUGAUCAUCAUCGCAGCCUUGGUGGGUAUCUACAGCUCUGACUGGUCAACCCAUCAGGCCCAAGGAUGGACCAGUGCAGCCUUCCUACUCUUUUACAUGGUCGCCUUUGGUGCCUCCUGGGGCCCAAUCCCCUGGGCGCUUCCAGCCGAGAUUUUCCCCUCCUCCCUCCGCGCAAAGGGUGUUGCCCUAGCCACCUGCUCCAACUGGGGCAACAACUUUAUCAUCGGUCUCAUUACUCCCCCUUUGGUCGAAGACACCGGAUACGGAGCGUAUGUUUUCUUCGGCGUCUUCUGUGUAAUCUCUGGUGUCUGGACCUACUAUUUCGUCCCCGAGACCAAGGGUCGUACACUCGAGCAGAUGGAUCAUGUCUUCAAAGAUAACUCAAGCGAGUAUGAAAAGACUCGUCGAAGUGCCAUUGAGGCGCAGCUCGUGGAGCGAGAGUUACUCAGCCCACACCGCGGGAUUGUCUGA